AUGGCGUUGGAAAUUACACAAUACCUUAUAGCUGCUCAAUCCCCUGAUGGAGGAGUGCGUCUUUCAGCUGAGGAAAGCUUAAAGCAAUUUCAGGAACAGAGUCUUCCUAUCUUUCUACUCUCUCUAUCAGUUGAGCUAUCUGGUGAGGCAAAGCCUCCUGAAUCCCGUAGACUUGCUGGUAUCAUUCUUAAGAACUCGUUAGAUGCCAAAGAUGCUGUUAGGAAAGAGCAGCUGACUCAGCAAUGGGUCAGUGUAGACCAGAUGAUAAAAACCCAAAUUAAAGAGUCGCUCAUGCAGACUCUCCCGUCAUCUGUUUCUGAAGCGAGGCACACAUCUACACAAGUCAUCGCAAAGAUAGCCUCUAUUGAGAUUCCACGCCGAGAAUGGCCAGAUCUCAUUGGACGGCUCUUAUCAAACAUGACCCUGCCGAGUGCAUCUGCUGUCCUGAAACAGGCAACCCUAGAGACUCUUGGCUAUGUUUGUGAAGAGGUGUCUCCUAAGGACCUCGAACAGGACCAAGUAAAUUCUGUUCUCACAGCUGUAGUCCAGGGAAUGAGUCAGUCAGAGCAGAGCAGUGAUGUUUGCCUUGCAGCGGUGAAGUCACUGUAUAAUGCUCUUGAUUUUGCUCAGAUUAAUUUCGAAAAUGAGAUGGAAAGGAAUUAUAUUAUGAAAGUUGUCUGUGACACUGCUGUGUCCAAAGAAUUGGAAAUUAGGAAGGCUGCCUUUGAAUGUCUGGUUUCCAUAUCUUCUAUGUACUACGAAUAUCUAGAGCCAUAUAUGCCCACACUUUAUAAUCUGACAGCACAUGCUGUGAAGGGUGAUGAGGAACCUGUUGCUCUUCAAGCUAUAGAAUUUUGGAGUUCUAUUUGUGAUGUGGAGAUAGAAAUCAAAGAGUAUGGUGGCAAUGACAGUGAAAGUUCGAAUAGCAUCCGUCAUCAAUUCAUAGAGAAAGCUCUUCCCACCCUGGUUCCUAUGUUGCUGGAAACUUUGUUGAAGCAAGACGAGGACCAAGAUCAUGAUGAUGAAAUCUGGAAUCUGUCAAUGGCUGGUGGGACCUGCCUGGGACUUGCCGCUAGGACCGUUGGAAACCUAAUUGUGUCUCUUGUGAUGCCCUUUGUGGAGGCCAACAUCAUGAAAACUGACUGGCGAAGCCGAGAAGCAGCUACAUUUGCUUUUGGGUCCAUCCUUGAAGGUCCGACAAUUGAGACUCUUUCACCAUUGGUUCAUGCUGGAUUGGAAUUCUUGCUAAAUGCAAUGAAAGAUCAGAAUAUCCAUGUCAAGGACACAACUGCUUGGACCCUGGGUAGGAUCUUUGAGUUCUUGCAUUCUCCUGGAUCAAAUUUCUCUGCAGUGACUCCUUCAAAUCUUCCUCGGAUCAUGUCAGUCUUGUUGGAAAGUGUUAAGGAUUCCCCCAAUGUGGCUGAGAAAGUUUGUGGAGCAAUAUACAAUCUUUUCCAGGGUUUUGAGGAUGCUGCAGAUUCUUCCAUUCUUUCACCGUAUCAUAUGCAAAUCAUUAUUGCUCUCCUGGCCACAGCAGAUCGCACAGAUGCUAAUAACUCACGGCUUAGGGCUGCUGCGUAUGAGACCUUGAAUGAAGUGGUCAGGUGCAGCAGUAUUUCAGAGGCUUCUAACAUAGCUCAGCUACUUCAGGAAAUAAGGGAUCGAUUGGCUCGAACAAUUACGCUGCAGAUUAUCUCUUCAGAUGACAGAGAAAAGCAGAGCGAUUUGCAGGCCUUGCUGUGUGGUGUUCUUCAAGUUAUAAUUCAGAAAUUGACGGGUACAGAUGAAACAAAGCAAUUGAUUCUUCAAUCUGCUGAUCAAAUGAUGACCUUAUUCCUCCAGGUAUUUGCGUGCCGGAGCUCAACAGUGCACGAAGAAGCAAUGCUCGCAAUCGGGGCCCUUGCUUAUGCAACUGGCUCUGAAUUUGUGAGAUACAUGCCAGAAUUCUACAAAUACUUGGAGAUGGGGCUUCAAAAUUUUGAAGAGUAUCAGGUGUGCUCCAUUUCAGUCGGCGUUGUAGGUGAUAUCAGCCGUGCUCUGGAUGAGAAGAUUCUUCCAUUCUGUGAUGGCAUAAUGAGCCAGCUUCUUAAGAACCUCUCUGAUGCCAGGCUUCACAGAUCUGUCAAGCCUCCUAUAUUCUCAUGCUUUGGGGAUAUGGCACUGGCCAUUGGUGACAAUUUUGAGAAGUAUCUCCCUUAUAUUAUACCAAUGCUGCAAGGAGCUUCCGAGCUCUGUUCCCAUUUAAGUUCCCAGGAUGAGGAAAUGCUUGACUAUGGAAACCAACUUAGAACCUGCAUAUUUGAUGCUUACUCUGGUAUACUUCAGGGUUUCAAAAACUCCAAGCCCGAUCUGAUGGUGCCUUAUGCUGGUCAUAUCCUUCAGUUCAUAGAGACUGUAUUCAAAGAUAAAAACAGGUACCCACCUUCCUUUUAUUCUCUGCAGAUGGGCAAAAUAGCAAACAUUGAUUUCUUUUUAUCGAAUAUAACGACUUAAUGUGUAUAUUUCCACACCCAUAGGGACGAAGGCGUGACAAAAUCUGCAGUAGCUGUGAUGGGUGACCUUGCUGAUGCACUUGGCCCGAAUAUAAGCUCUCUGUUCAAGGAUCGUACCUUCCAUAUGGAGUUGCUUGGAGAGUGCUUCGAAUCAGAAGACGAGGACCUGAAGGAAACUGCGACUUGGACUCGGGGGAUGCUCAGCCGUGUGCUGGUUUCAUGA